AUGGGUCAAUCCGAAUCUCGCCCAGUUCUUGCACCAGAAACCUCAAUUGAUGGCCUACCACCAGAGAUCAUUGAAGGUAUCGCACAAUAUCUGGGCCCCGAUGACCUUCAUUCAUUCCACAAGGCAAGCCGGUAUACCCAUAAUAGCACCCUCAUCGUUAUCAGGCGGCUGGCUCUUUCCACGAUGCGAACAGAUCUCUCCACUCCGUCAUUAAACGCCCUCGAUCAAAUAUCUAGGCAGUCCAUCGUGGCCCGCCAUAUGCAAAAGUUAAUGGUCGUCUUAGAUAGCUCACCUCCGGCUAGCGAAGGUAAAACCUAG